UUUAAAAUCAUUAAACGAUAAUUUUCUUUUCUUUCCAUAGAUUUUGAAAUUUCUGUGAGCGGCUGAAGCAAUUUCCGUAAAUAAUAUGAGAUGCAAAAUGUUAAAUGUUAUAGAAAAUAUUGUUCUUGGUCAAUCAUGUGAACGUGUUUUUUAUAAAGGGCAUUAUUUCAAAAUUUUUUAUACAUUUAAUGUUUAAAAAAAAAGAUUUUUAUUUAAAAUCCUUUGACAUGCUUGAUGCUGUAGUCGAUUUAUUUGUUUCAAAGUAAAAUUAAACCUGCAUUUCAUAGAUAAUUUAUAUGAUUGGUAUUUAUACCGGUAACUUCAAUAAUAUUUAUAACCAAAACAUAGAACAUGUGCUUUUCUUCAGAAUUCUUGAAAAUAUUUCCUGAAAAGAAUAAAAUGAUUUGAGCUAUUAAAAAUGAAACGUGUUAGUGAUUCAAGUUCUUCUGAUGAAAGUGCUGCUGAAAAGAAAGCAAGAGUAACUGCUGGUAUUACCAGUGAAGUUGCUUCUAUGGAAAACCUUGAAGGUAUGCAGCUGUCAGCAGGUUCAAUGGGGGCUGUUUUAGAAAGUCCACAUGAGAUCGUUGAAAUUGUUAAUGCUGAAGACAUCGUACAAGAUGAGGAAAGUAUUACAGUUGAAGGUAAUAUUGAUACACUAAUUGAGUAUAUGGAUAUAACAAAGCCCUUAACUACUCUUCGAUCUCUUCUUGAACAGAGAACAGGAUUAGAUUUGUCUGAUUAUCGUUUUUUUCUCCAGGAUGUUCAAGAGUUAGAUGCAACAAAAAAUUUAGUUAAUCAGUGUGUUCAAGGAGAAGGCUUAGUUCAAAUUAAUGUGAAUAUAACAGAAAUGGAUGGAAUAAAAAAAAUAAAUAUUGCUGAUGUUCUUAAGCCAGCUGAAGAAAUUGCAAUGUCUCCAGCUGUAAAUGAUGAAGUUUCUGCUCGCAUUUAUUUGUUGGGAGAAACAACUUUUGUUGAAUCAACUGGUCAUCAAAGGAAGAAUGAAUCAUCUGUAGAAGAGCAAGAUUCUUUGCGUUGGAUUAUUGCCCCUGAUUUUCGUAAAAUGCAAGAAAAACAUGGAAUUUCUAGUGAUCCAUCUGCAUGGACUGUUGAACAUGUAAAGCUUUGGUUAGAAUGGGCUACACAUCAUUUUAAAAUACCUAAAAUAGAUCUUAAUGAGUGGAAGUAUUCAGGCCGAGACUUAAUGAGCAUGAGUCAAGAAAGUUUACGAGAAAAAAUUGCUUUCGAUUCUGAAGAUAUGUUUUGGGCUCAUGUUGAAUUAUUACGUAAAUUUAAAAUUAUAGCUAUCAUUCAGCGUCCUGGAAUAUCAUACACUCUGAGUGAUGAAGAUCAAGCUACUGUUCAACGUCCCAAAACUCGACCACAAAAUAAGAAUAAAGUUUUUAAGAUCAAAAGAAUUCCUAAACCAAAAUCACCCAAAGUUCCUAUUGAGUCUUCUUCAAGCAAUUUUAUAGGCCACCAUUCUGGAAUUACUUUGCAAACACAAGUUGAUGAAGAAAAGUACAAACGAGUUUCUAGAAUAGGACCUCCUUACGAAGGCUGCCCGGGUAAUCCUACAGGGAACAAUGGACAAAUUCAGCUGUGGCAGUUUUUAUUGGAACUUUUAACUGACAAAGAUUUUAGAGAAUUUAUUCGUUGGCAAGGAGAUGAGGGAGAAUUUAAACUUAUAAAUCCUGAAAUGGUUGCACAAUUAUGGGGACAACGAAAAAAUAAACCAACUAUGAACUAUGAAAAAUUAAGCAGAGCUCUUCGUUACUAUUAUGAUGGUGAAAUGCUUGCAAAGGUCCAUGGAAAGCGCUUUGUCUAUAAAUUUGUUUGUGAUCUGAAGAGUCUUUUAGGCUAUGAUGCUUAUGAAUUAAAUAGAUUGGUUACAGAAUGUGAAAUGAAAAGAAAUGAGAGUUACCAACAAAAUGCUGUUCUAACAUUUCAAACAAUUGAUUCAAAUUCUGCAUCGCCCAUACAUAUUAAAUGAUACUAUAUAUAAAUUCAUAUUUUAUAUAUAAAAAAACUAUACAUAUUUUUUAAAUGCCCAAAUAAUCUUCUUAAGAUGGUGCUUGGGACCAAAUGUACAUAAAAACACACAAGCACAAUGUAAACUAAAUGUUUGCAUAGUGUAUUGCUAUACGUUUCUGCUUUGAGAAUUUAACAGAUGUAUAUAUUUUAUUAUAACUGUGUUGAACUAAUUAUGUUUAUCAUAACCAUUAGUAUGGAAUUAUUAAUUUAAUAAUAAUUGGAAUAUGUUAUUAUUAAUAACUAUAGUGAAUGAAUCUGUAAUAUUAAUUAAAUUUUUAAAUCGUAUGCAUUUAAAAUAUUGCUUUUUUUUUUUAAUUCAGUCAAUUGUAAGAAGUUCUAUUGUAAAAAUGUUAUCAUUUAAAAUAUACAAAUGUAUAUUGAUUUCUAAAAUAUUUGAAUGAUAGGAAGAAUGAUUUGUAAAUUCAUAUGACUUAUUAAUCUUCAAGAACAAAAAGUUUGUUUUUUCAUACACCCC